AUGAAGAAGAUGAAGAAGAUGAAGCCCAAAGGCCAGGCGAUGUUUGAGAGUCAGUCUCACCACCUGAAGUUGUCUCAGCGUGGCACUGGCAAGUUAUCUCAGGAAGAGGAUAACGAAAGCAGCAGCGAAGCCGAGACAGCAAUGGGGAGAGCCAUGACAGUAGCCAGGGAGGAUUCAGAGGCUUCCCAGUCAUCUGGGUCCGAGUUGUCAGAGUCUGAAUCUUCUGAGUCCGAAUCGGAGUUACAAUCAGAUGAGGAGGAGUCUGAGGGGGAACCAAAGGAAGAGGAGGUGAAGAGUGCUGAAAAGAGGCACAAAAGCGGCGAAGAGGCUGAGGAGGAUGACGAGGAGGAGGAGGAAGGAGGGGCCGAGGACUCGGUGGCCAAAGGGCUACCUGGCCCCAGCGAGCCUUCGGCCAGCACAGAGGAAAACUGCUCGUCCUUCCCACGCUGGGGGAAUUCCUGGAGGGAGCAGUCCGUGGAAGAGCUGGCCGGCUAUUUCCAGCAGAAAUACGGGCGGGCAUCGUGCGGCCGGGCUAAGCACAGAGUCGCAGAGGAGAUCCCGGAGCACAUCAGCCAGCAGAGGCUGCUUCCUGAGAUUAAGGAUCCCAAGCUGUGGCUGGUACGGUGCAAGCCGGGCGAGGAAAAAGCCACAGCCUUGACCCUCCUGAGGAAGUUCGUGGCCUACCAGAAGACAGACAGCCCCCUGCUGAUCAAGUCCGUGGUGGCCCCGGAGUACCUCAAGGGCUACAUCUACGUGGAGGCCUACAAGGCCAGCCACGUCCUGCAGGCCAUCGAAGGCGUGGCCAGCCUGCGGCAGGGCUGCCUGCACCCGCAGCAGGUGCCCAUCCAGGAGAUGACGGACGUGCUCAAGGUGCUGUCCAAGGAGGUCCCCAGCCUGCAGCCCAAGAGCUGGGUGCGAGUGAGGACAGGCCUGUACCGGCAUGACCUGGCUCAGGUGACUCGGGUGGAGUCGGACCAAAGCAGUGUCUCCCUCAAGCUGAUUCCUCGAAUAGACUACGGCCUCCUGGCAGGCGGCCAGCAGCCCCCAGAGGGCUUGGCCAAGAGGCAGCGGUUGCAGAGAAGACCCCCGCGGCAGCUGCUGGAUGCGCACAAGAUUCGCUCUCUGGGAGGCAAGCUGACUGUGGACGGAGAUUUUCUCGUCUUCCGGGGCAACCGCUACAGCCACCGAGGCUUCCUCUUCAAGACCAUGGGCGUCUCUUGCGUCCUCCGGGAGGGCGUGAAGCCCACGCUGGCCGAGCUGCAGCAGUUCGAGGAGCGGCCGGAGGCCCUGCAAGCCCUGAAGUUGGCCACCGAGGACAGCUCCGCGGAGCACAGCUUCAGGCCGGGAGACAAGGUGCAAGUGAGCUCCGGGGAGCUCCUCCACCUGCAGGGCUGGGUGGUCAGCGUGCAGGGCCCCAGGAUCUUGAUGAUGCCCCAGCACGAGCUGCUGCGCGAAGCGCUCGAGUUCUCUGCCUGGGAGCUGCGCAAGGACUUUGGCGUCGGGGACCGCGUUCAAGUGAUCUCAGGCCGCUAUCGCGGCACUUCGGGCUUCGUGCUGAGGGUGGAGGCCACCUUCAUCCUCCUCUUCAGCGACCUCAGCCAGCAGGAGCUCCAGGUCCUCCCCAGAGACUUGCAGCUGAUCGGGGACUCAGCCUCGGCGCUCGACCUGCGCAGCCAGCAGCAGCGCUGGGGCCAGCUGGUGCAGCUGCAGCCCCACACGGUGGGCAUCGUGGUGGGCCUAGAAGACGAAGCAGACACUUGCCGGGUCCUGGACAUGGGAGGCAAGCUGCUCGCGGUGCGCAGCCGGGCAGUCACAGACAGGAGGUACGACCCGAGGGCUGUGGCGCUGGACUCGGGCCAGAACGAGCUUCGCCCCCGGGCGGUGGUCAAGGUCCUGGAAGGUCCGCACUCCGGCCUCGAGGCCAGCAUCCUCCACCUCUUCCGAGGAGUCGCCUUUCUCCACUCCAGGAAGGUCCUGGACCACGGGGGCCUCUUCGUCUGCAAGUCCCGCCACCUCCUGCUCAGUGAGGCCAGCCAGGCCCCGCGGGCCAAAGACCUCCCAGCGCGGGACUUGGCGCCUGGCGCCCGCAAUCCUCCUCCCGUCACUCUCAGGUCCCCUGGUGCCCUCACAGGGCCUAGGGACCAAGCACUGGGGAGGGCAGCGGGUGCUGGCCAAGGCCAGGGAAUCAAGGAUCUGGUGGGUCAGUCUGUGCGCAUCUGCCAGGGGCCCUACAAGGGCUACAUCGGGAUGGUGAAGGAGGCCACAGAAUCCCUUGCCCGGGUGGAGCUGCACACCACGUGCCAGACCAUUUCCGUGCAACCCCAGAGACUGGCCCGCCUUGGCACCCCGAGCUCCAGAAGCCAGAUCUCCACCUCUCACACUACCCCCAGCUCUGGCUCCCAGACACCCAUCUACAGCCUGGGCUCCUUUACCCCCCUCUAUGGUUGUGGGACCCCCAUGGCCCAGGGUGACCAAACUCCAGGCUCCAGUCCCUUCCCUUCUCCCAGAAAGGGUCACCCAUACUUCAGGUGGUAG